AUGUGUAUAAGAGACAGGUNNAGCUACACUGUGUGGUCGUUCACGGCGGGGUCCGGCUCACCGCCCACUGAGGGGCUGUCAACGAACGUGCUCAUCGUGAUCGUGGUGGGCCUGGGGGUGCCGGUGCUGGCCAUGCUGCUGGCGGGCAUCGGGCUCGCCGUCUGGAAGUGUCGUAAGGGCCGCAGCGCCGAUCACGAGGCACUCCUCUCACAAGAAGAGGAUGGGGCACAGGCCCCAGACGUGCAGAGGCAGAUAUAAUUUCAGUCAUCUGGACAAACGUCUCUUGCCCAGAGAGAAAGUGUGGGCAACUGAUACGAACAGCUUUCAUUUGUUGGGCUUGUACACUUUUUGCGUAUCAUGAUUAUUUAUUGCGUAUUUUUGUACUUAGUUUGCCGUGUUGUAAGUGAUAGAAAGUUGUGAUAACAAAGGAAUCACUUAUGAUAAAGAAUUGAGAUUGGAUGUUUAUAUUGUGGUUCAUUUUCUUGACAUUUUCGUUGAAUUAAAAGAAUAAAAGUAUGGUCUUUCCAAGAUGUUCUCCCCCAUAUGAUGCUGGUAACUCUAGUCAACUUGACGAGGCUCGUGAAACUUUGCGGAUGAACCCUCAUGAUUAGCUUUGUAAACUUUCAUGUAGAAGCUUUGUUAAUAUGGUUCAAUCAUAAAUGGAGCUUUGGCUUUAAUUGCACAUGUAUCAUAAUUUCAAUUUCUGUCACGUCCAGCAAAUUUUUAAUCUUCCAAGUUGAAUUUAACUAAAAACCGCGACGAGUAGCAGGCGAGUCUUGAGCUAACCUAGAGGCUGCGUUGCAGGUGAUAGCAGUGGAAUGCUGCGGCCGUGACAUAAGCAUGACGAGUUUCAUUCACAUGAACAUCUAAGUGUAGAAUUAUCCGUGGGUUUAGGAAGGUACGUCAUUCCUGCAAUAAUCAGCUUCAUUCUGAUGUUUGUGAUGCUAGACUAAUUUUUAUCUUAGUUUUUUAUGAAGUUUUAGAUUAGCGAUUAGCGCUAAUAGAAAGUAUCUACGAAAUCAUUAAGCAAAUCGUUGCGGAUAAUUUAGGUGUAUCUAUCAGUUCAUUUGGCCUGGGUUUUUGCAGGAAAUUAGUUAGUAUGCGGUAUUCUUGUGAGGAAUGUUGGUCUGACAACACCUGGUGCCGUCACUGGUGUUGAUUCUGUUCUUUGUUCCCGAGGCGCGAACAAUUCUGUUAUUAAAUCGUGAACUGAAUAUUCAGUUACGACCAAUGUAUGAAUAUUCAAUUACUCCAUUACAUAUGAUAAAUAUUGCGCACUGUUUGGUAUGUGUCAAGAAUUUUUUCCAUCGUUCGAUCCGAAAUAGUUUAUAAUAAAUCUGGGAUACUUUUCUUGUCUGUGCGCGUUUCUUGCCAUUCGAUCUUCAUGUGCUGCUCUACUUCUUUGCGUGUCGUGUACAAUUCGUUUGAAGAAACUUGUAUUGUGUCAAUCUAUUCAAUGAAUUCUCCUCACUUCGCCUCCUUGAGUGCCCGUAGUCUGUAGUUAGCAAGCUAUUAUGCUUAGCUUGCUGUGGCGGUUGAUUUAGUGGAAGAAUCAGCGUUAGAAUUGGUGGCAUUGUUAGCUACGAAGUUUCCUUAUGUUCAUGUGUGCCCUUUUAUAUUUUCGUUACAGUGUAAUGGUUGUUCCCUUUCCUGCUAUAUUCUUAGCCACUUCUAUUUAUCUCUUAGCUUACGUCCCUAGGAAGUACUCGAGCGCAGGAAAAUUUCUGUUAGAAGAUUGCCAGGGAAAUUAUGUGAUGUAAGCAAAGAGUUAGUGAAGUUUGUGUUUCUUGUCAGCCGCUCGCCACUUUGUACUCCAUUUAUUGUGUGAGGGCGUGACGAUAUUUGCUCAAUUGUGUUGUCUUGCUGCGCUGGGUGGUUGUGAACUCCGAAGCUCAAUAGGAAAUGCCAGGUUAUUAUUGCAUCGCGUGCACCGAGUUUGGAGCCAAAGUUGCAAUGAUCGCUCUGUUUCAUUUUAUGUGCAUCAUGAGAAUUUGAUGAACCAAUGCAUAUAUCUUAAUAUGAAAUAUACGUGAAUUUUCAUUAAAAUAUUUUUUCAACUUUA